UUUUAGCAAUUUAAAAUCCAAAAAAAUGUUGGAUCAAGGAUCAAUUCCUUUAAUUAAUUUACCAUUACAACAACAAAAUUCUCGUCCACCAAACAACCAUCAAAAUCUAAGUCAACAACGUCCACCAAAUAAUGUGCAAGAAGGAAGAGAACGUUUUGCUCGUGAAAAUCAUAGUGAAAUUGAAAGAAGGCGAAGAAAUAAAAUGACGCAUUAUAUUAAUGAAUUGGCUGAUAUGGUCCCACAAUGUGCAGCUUUAGGAAGAAAACCUGACAAACUAACAAUUUUACGCAUGGCUGUGUCUCAUAUGAAAUCAAUUCGUGGAGAUUUAUUAAAUUCAAAUAAUCAUCAAAAUCCUCCAUCAUUUUUGACUGAUCACGAAUUGAAGCAUUUAAUUAUGGAAGCGGCAAAUGGAUUUCUGUUUGUUUUGUCUUGUGAAGAUUCUAGAGUUAUUUAUGUUUCUGAUUCGAUUUAUCCAGUUCUUAAUGUUUCCCAGGAAGAAUGGCUAAACAGAGCAUUUUUUGAUUUAAUACAUCCUGAUGAUAUAGAAAAAGUUAGUGAACAAAUAUUAUGUCCAAAUGAUGGAGAUGUUGGCUUUAAUAAUAAAAUUGUUGAUUUGUCUACUGGAACAAUUAAAAGAGAUGUUCAACCAACUAAUCGAAUACAUUUAAAUUGUAGAAGAGGUUUUAUUUGCAGAAUGAGAAUUGGCAAUAUUAAUGCUUUACCACGAUUACAAAAUAAAGGACCAAUUUUUGAACAUUGUGGGUCAUAUUAUGUAGUUAUGCAUUGUACAGGUUAUUUAAAAAAUGGAAAACAACAACAGCAACAACAACAACAAAUGUCUUCUUCCUCUUCAAAUAUUAAUUGUGGAUUUCAAUUGAAUACAAAUGAAUUGACAGGUAUUACAACAAGUCUAGUUUUAAUUGCUCGAAUGCAACUAACAAAUUUAAUAACAACACCAUCAAUUAAUAACAAAAAUCAAAUAAUUAUGCGUGUUGAUUCUGAAGGUUUUAUUACAUUUGCCGAUGCUGAAAUUCAAAAAUUGUUAAAUUUAUCAUCAAUGACUGAAAUUUAUGAAAAAAAGUUUUGGACUUUGGUACAUCCUUUAGAUGAACAAAAUGUAAAAGAUGCUUUGUUGAAUAUUUUGAAGAAUAAUAAUGUUGUUAUAAAGGAUUUAUUCUGUAAAUUACAAAUUGGUGGUUCAUCAGAAUAUAUACAAACAUCAAUAAAUAUAAAUUCAUUUAUUAAUCCUCAUUCUUUGGAAUUUGAAUUUUUAAUUUUGUCAAUAAAUGUAUUAGAACAACAACAAAAACAUUUGGAAUUUUCUUCUUCGUCUUUAAAUUUUUGUAAUCAACCAACAAUUAAUAAUGAAUUAAUUCAACAACAACAACAAAAUAUUUGUUGGCCAUCAAAUAUUCAAAAUGAAUUGAUGACACAAAAUGAUAUUUUGGAUGGUUCUUUCAUUCCCCAAGGAUAUUCUUUAAUGAUGCCAACAACUACAGAAACAACAAUUAAUAAUUUACCGGAACAACAACAAUGGGCAUCAACUAGUAAUAAUUUAAAUUUAAUGAAUCAACAACAACAUAUUUUACCUGAUUUUACAACAAAUACAAUUCCUCCAAUUAUAUGGCCAGAACAUUAA